AUGGCGAACUUCACAACUCCUCAUGCCUGGAGCAGAACCGUCAACACCUCCUGGGUCACAAGCAGCACGGGGGACAACACGUACAAGUGUCUCUUUGAUGAGGACUUCAAGUAUGUCCUGCUGCCCGUCUCCUAUGGCAUCGUGUGCGUGGUGGGGCUGUUCCUCAACCUGCUGGCCCUCUAUGGCUUCAUCUUCAGGAUCAAGACGUGGAACGCCUCCACCACGUACAUGUUCAACCUGGCCGUGUCCGACACGCUCUACGUGGUCUCCUUGCCCCUCCUGGUGUACUACUAUGCCAUGGGGGACAACUGGCCCUUCAGCGUGGGCCUGUGUAAGAUAGUCCGCUUCUUGUUCUACACCAACCUGUACUGCAGCAUCCUUUUCCUCCUCUGCAUCAGCAUCCAUCGCUUCCUGGGCAUCUGCUUCCCGCUGAAGUCCCUGCAGUGGGGACACGUGCGCUAUGCCCGGAGAGUGUCAGUCAUCGUGUGGGUGGUCACCGUGGUGUGCCAGUUGCCCGUUCUCUUCUUCGUCACCACCAGCAUGAAGGGCAACAGUGUCACCUGCCACGACACGUCCAGGAAGGACCUCUUUGGCCAGUUUGUCAUUUACAGUUCGGUGAUGCUGGUGCUUCUCUUCUGCAUCCCCUUCCUCAUCAUCAUCGUGUGCUAUUGCCUGAUGGCUCGGAGGCUGCUACAGCCCACACGCGGUAUCUCCCACAGGUCCCGAUCCAAGAAGAAGUCAGUUAAGAUGAUAAUCAUAGUCCUGGUGGUCUUCAUCGUUUGCUUUCUUCCUUUUCACAUCACUCGUACCUUGUACUACUCCUUCAGGAGCUGGGACUUAAGUUGUCAGACCCUCAAUGCUAUCAAUUUAGCCUAUAAGAUCACCAGGCCCCUAGCUAGCACCAACAGUUGCUUGGAUCCCAUUUUAUAUUUCUUAGCAGGACAAAGAUUUAUGAAGUUUGCAGGCCACAAAAUGCUAGGGAAAACCCAAAAUGAGACGGCCCUAGGAAUCAUGCCCAAUACUCACCUGAAAACCAGCAGUGACACUGAAACAAUAUCCAAGGAUGGGAAGUCCUAGCGCUUUUCCAUCACGUUAUGGUGAGUACCCUGUUCCCAGUGGAAGGGUUUAGCCAUGUGUGGAGGGAGUUGAUGAUACCUGGGGUCUCCUGAGGCCGGUGGUGGUUUGCAGAGCCCGGGUUU